AUGACGAUCAUCCAGUCAACAGUUCCUUCUCUGCACGGUUAUAAAGUCGUCAACACUCAGAGAACACACGAUGAAUUCAUAGGGGAAGAGUUAGACAGGAAUCAAGACCACAGUACCAAUUCAAGCACGAAACGAUAUAUGGGUCCCAGGAAGGGUUCGCUUCAUCCAUACGAUCGAAUCCAGGAUCACAGCGAUGAAGCUCCACAGUCGUCCGAAGGUUUCUGGGCAAAGACCGGGCGUCCCUUCGUUCGCUGGAUGUUGACACCCAUCGGUUUCCUGAUAACGAUCUACGGGUUAAAUAUUGUUGCCUGGGGAGGCAUGCUGUUCCUCUUGAUGUGCAAUGCAGCGCCGGCGAUGUGUCAUCCCGACUGCGACAGCGUGAAUUCUUCGCGCCGAAUCUGGAUCGAGAUCGACUCGCAAAUCCUGAACGCUCUGUUCUGCGUGACGGGGUUUGGACUGGCACCCUGGCGCAUUCGCGACCUGUAUUUCUGGGGUUUAUGGCGAUUCAGUCGGUCAGAGCGCAGUCGCCACAGAGGGCUCGUUCGCCUCGCAGAUAUCCAUGCCAAUUGGUUCCGUCGGCCUCAGGAGGUAGACAUGCUGCCCACUGCAGCAUCGUCUUCUGCCAAGCUGGAAAUGGCCCAUCUCACCCCUACGGCCGUCUGGAAAAUGGACGUCGUGGUUUGGGGAAACAUGCUCAACACCGUCUUCCAGAUCUGUCUCGCCUUAUGUAUGUGGACGAUGAAUCGAUUGAAUCGGCCGAGUUGGACUACUGGUCUAUUUGUUUGCCUGGCCUGCCUCGUGGUUGGCAUCGCAGGGUUGGUGACCUGGUUGGAGCAAAGGCAAAUCAAGAAAGAACACGCUGAAGGCCUUACCGAUGCUAAGCCACAGCCUGGGACGUGA